CGCGGCCUGUUCGCUUCUCUUUCUCACUCACUCUCUCGUUCAUUCUUUCUGCAGCCACCAAUUGUCGUGUCGAAGAAGAAGCGUUGAAGCACAUUUUGCUCUUAUAGUCUUUAAACAGCACUUUUUCGCGUAGCAAACGUAAAGCGAGCUUCAUAAAACUUUACACAAUUAAAUGUAAAUCUUAUAAGCUACAAAUCGAGAUCAAUACCAAGUAUGUGGCUUAAUUAAAACGGUGUAAAAAACGUGGCAGAAAAAUCCAUAUCCCGGGCAUAGAGGAACGACAAAAAUGUGAUGUGAAGAAUCCCUAGGUGCUAAUUUAGUUGAUAAGCUCAAACAAUAAGUACAAUAAACGCAAACGAGAAACACUAGGCAAACUUUUCGACGGGGUGGCAACGUUUCUACCAGUAUCUUUCGCGCUCCAAAGUAUGCUACAGCAAAAAGCGAACGGACGCCGCGCUGCCAUGCUAACGACGUAGCAGGAAAGAGGGAAACAAAAUAAAAGACAAGCGAGAGAGAGAGUCAGGAGCAGGCGAGCGGGAGAGCUGGAGAGAGCGCAAGACAAAACUAUUUUUGUAGUAACUGCUGGCAGAGAGCUGAAGAGCGGGAGAGGAGGAGAGAGGAGAGAAAGAGCACGCAACUGCGAAAUGUCGAAUUUCUUGAUAACCACCGCCGCGCCCAAAACCCACAACAACAGCAAUAGCAACAGCAACAUCAACAGCAGCACCCAGCGACUGCAUCAACUCUAUGGAGUGGGGGGCAAUCAGGUAGCGCGCAAGCUCAGCUACGAGCUGCUGGGCAACAACAACAAUAAUAAUAUUGUGAUCAAAAACGAAAAUCUGCUGGAUAUCCGCAGCGACAGCAGCAACAGCGGCGGCGUCGCUGCCCACCUGCGGGAUCACGUGUACAUAAGUCUGAAUAAAGCUGGCGGCACAACAGCGCCGGCAACCGUUAUAGCAGAAGCAACCAACACACAUCAGAAUCAGAAUCAGCAGCAGCAGCAGCAGCAGCAGCGAAAUAGCGGCGCAGCUGGCAAGGCGAACGAUAUCACACAAUAUUACAAGGUCAAGCGCCGACCGAACGUAACGACCCACGAGAUCCACCCGAAGAAGCAGGCCAAGCAAAGCGCACAGCACCAGACAGUCACCUACAACAACAGCAGCAGCAGCAGCAAGCAGCAGCUGCGCUAUCAUCAUCAUCAGCAGCAGCAGCAGCAGCAGUACGAAAUCGACCACGACGAGGAAGACGAUGUGGAGACGAGCAAGUCGGCUGGCAACGGUACUUUGCAUUCGCAUUCGCAUUCGCAUUCGCAUGUACUGUCGCAGCAGCAAACAGCGCUUGUGACAUCGUCCUCGGCUUCGACUGGCGGCGGCAGUAGCAGUGGCGGAGGCGGCGAUCGCAAUCGUGCGGACACCUCGCUGGGCAUAUUGACCAAAAAGUUUGUGGAUCUGUUGCAGGAGUCGCCGGACGGCGUAGUCGAUCUGAACGAUGCGUCCACCCGGCUGUCCGUGCAGAAGCGUCGCAUCUACGACAUAACGAACGUCCUCGAGGGCAUUGGCAUCUUGGAGAAGAAGUCCAAGAACAAUAUCCAAUGGCGCGGCGGCCAGUCCCUGGUCAGCAGCGAACGAUCUCGGCUCAUCGAGACUGAGAGUGAGCGGCUGGAGCAGCGCGAGAACGAGCUCAACACCCUAAUCGACCAGAUGCGUGGCGAACUGGCCGAGAUAUCGCAGGAGGUGGAGAAUGUUGGCGGCAUGGCCUACGUAACGCAGAGCGAUCUGCUCAACGUGGAUCUCUUUAAAGAUCAGAUUGUGAUUGUGAUCAAAGCGCCGCCUGAAGCCAAACUUGUACUGCCCAAUACGAAGCUGCCGCGCGAGAUUUACGUCAAGGCGGAGAAUAGCGGGGAGAUAAACGUGUUUCUUUGCCACGAUAACUCUCCAGAGAACUCGCCAGUCGCAGGGGGCUCCGGCUAUGGAGGUGCAGGGUCCCUGGGUAGCAACGGAAUACGCACGGCAACGUCGACGCGACUGCAGCAGCGCAUCGAUCCUCUAUUCAACAACAUUGAUGCCAUGAGCACCAAGGGGCUGGGCUCUCCACCGUAUCGCUUAGCAGCGCAGCGCAACCUCAGCAAAUCCAUUGAGGAAGCGGCAAAGCAAUCCCAGCCUGAUUUUAGUAAUAUUUGUGAUAUGGGCAGCGUCAAAUCUGAGACGGCCUCACCGCAGCGCCAGCUUCAAUGGCACACGACGCAAGCGAGCAGCAGCAAUGCUGAUAAUGAUGAUGAUAACGAUGUCGAUGACGAACUGAAUCAGCUGGUGCCGACGCUCACCAGCCCAGUGGUGCGCAGUCAGCGGCACGGGCGCGCCAUUCAGCAGAUUCUAAACAGUCUCACACAAUCCUCGUCUCCUACGAAGACGAACGCCGGCAUGCCUCGCGGCGCGACAGCGCGGCUGUGGCGACGCCCCGCCAACGUCGCCGGCAACGCAACUACGCUUAAUAGUCAUAACCGAUCCGUCAGCAGCAUCAACCAGAACCACAAUUCGCAGCCACAGGGCGGCACAGUUAAUUACAGCAAUCAGCAGCUGCAGCAGCGUCGUACCGACGUACCCAUGUAUAACUGUGCAAUGGACGACGCGACUGCGUCAACGUAUGCUGUUAGCGAUAACAGCAGCAACAACACCCAUAGCAGCGGCAUUAGCAGUGGCAGCGGCAGCGGCAGCAGUAACUCCACUGCCAUGGGCUCUCUGGACAUGCAGUUCGCGGCAGUUGCCGGCAAUAUGCCAGCGACGACAUAUGGCGACAUCUCUGGCGCUGGCGCCAACAUGAAUCAGCAGGAGCAAUACAGCAGCAGCAACAACAAGGAAAUUUAUCGCGGCCUAACGCCUGCUGCUGUGGCCGACUGUGACGCCGACAGCGAUGGCAGCAAUGUGGCGCUUCAAGGUCUCGAUGCGCUCCUAGGCGACUUUAGCAACUUUGAUUUCGAUAAAGCUUUUGUAUCCAUCGAUCCGCCAGAUGAUAUUGAAUAUCCCUAUGCUCUUAAUGCCAACGAGGGUAUCGAUCAACUCUUCGACUUCAGCUCUGAUGCCUACGGCACUGAUAACUGUGAAUGGAGAGAUGCGGGGAAAAGGAGUGGGGAGGGGUGUUUAUAAUUCAAAAUUAUAUACAAGAAAAGCAGCGCAUAUUACGUUAGAGAUGAUCUAUUAUUAUUAUUAUUACAAAUUACAAAUUAUCAAGUAAAAGAGAACAACAGCAAAACCUAAAAAAAAAUUAAAAAACAAAAACAAAAAAUGUAGAAAACUUAAUGAAACGAAGUUGUGUGUAAAAUUUUAAGCAUUAAAACUACAUUUAAAUUUAUAAUCCAAACAUGUAUUUUAAGUUUAAAGAAAUUUCCCCACAAAAUGCAAAAUACAUUUUAUAAGCAUAUUUCAAUUCUUAGCAUUAAACAUCAAUAAAAACAG